AGUGCGAAAUUGAAACAAACGGACACUCCGGAUCGGGCACCCAUCUUGCAAUCAUGGGCUCCGUCGCUGAAACAUUGAUCAAUGCAACCAACAAGGCCUGGGAGCUCAGAGACAGACGAACGGAUGGCUGGUUCCUUACGGAAUUUCCUCUUACAACAGUGUUGAUUUCUAUGACUUACCUCUUCGGGGUCAAAGUGUUGGGGCCAAAGUUCAUGGCAAAUCGGGCAGCAUUUGAAUUGCGAGGUGCACUUAUGAUCUACAACAUAUUCCAAAUCUUUUUCAAUGGCUAUAUUUUCUACCAAACCUGCCGUCUGUCUUGGUUCAACGGCUACAGUCUGAUUUGUCAGCCGGUCGAUUAUUCAGCCAACGAGGAUGCCCUCCAGUUGGUUGCAAUUGGCUAUUGCUUCUACAUCUCCAAGUUUAUUGAUUUUUUCGACACUAUCUUUUUCGUUUUACGUAAAAAGAACAAUCAGAUCACAUUUCUGCAUCUUUUUCAUCAUAGCGUCAUGCCUCUUAGCGUUUGGAUUUGUUUCCGCUUUAUCGUGGGGGGCCACUGUUGCUUCUUUGUUACCUUAAAUUCGUUGGUGCACGUGAUCAUGUACUUCUACUACAUGAUGGCAGCUAUGGGUCCACGUUUCCAGAAAUAUCUGUGGUGGAAGAAAUAUGUGACCGUUUUCCAGAUGGUGCAAUUUUUGGCCGUAGGAUUGCACAGCCUUCAAUUGUUGUUCAUCGAAUGCGACUUCCCCACCGCUUUUUCCUGGUGGUCGGUCGUACAGGCGUUAUUGUUUUUCAACUUAUUCAAGAAUUUUCACUCGCAAACGUACGGCAAAAAUGUAAACCUACCUUCAAAUUCCAUGUACAUUUCAGAUCCAAUCCAAAAAAAGCUUUUAUGAGUUCUUAAGUUCAUUCCUUAUUCUUGUGCUUUUCUUAACAGUGUCCAAAUUAUUGUUUUGCUUUAACCUGUUAGUAACGUUUUGGUGUCAUUUAGUUUGUGUAAUUGAAUGAAUACACCCUCUUCGUCGUUC